AUGUGCACCACCCUCUUCCUGCUCAGCACCUUGGCCAUGCUCUGGCGCCGCCGAUUCGCCAACCGGGUCCAACCAGAGCCCAGUGGAGUCGAUGGGGCAGUUACGGGCAGCAGCUUGGAAACAGACCUCCAGUCCUCAGGCAGGGAGAAAGAGCCUCUGAAGUAA